AUGGAGAGCUUCCAGGCCGAGCAGGCGCGUGCUGCAGCUAGCCGUCGUUGGAAGUCGGAGCCCAAGCCGAACACUCCCACAGAAUGGGUCAAGCGAGCCUCAGAAGCGUCUGAGAUCCUGAAGAUAGAUGCCGUCCAGAGGGAUAAUGAGGGCAAGCCCCCAUUUGCCGAGGUCCAAUUGCUCAAAGACGCUGGCUUGGUCAACCUCUUGGGCCCAAGAGAGUUUGGUGGUGGCGGAGCGACAUGGCAAACCUCCUACAAGGUCACUACCGAAAUUGCCAAGGCGGAUGGAAGUGUGGGCCAUCUACUUGGAAACCAUUACUCAUGGUUCUGGAGCUCCCAGAUUCUCGGGACACCAAAGCAAGCACGACGGUGGCUACGAGAGUUUACCGAAGGAAAUUACUACCUUGGUGGAGCAGUCAACCCUCGAAACGCCGAUAUGAUCGCCAGGGACGAGGGUGAUGAGCUCGUUUUCAACGGUGAUAAGUUCUUCUCCACAGGCGGUGUGAUUAGUGACGUGACUGUUCUGGAGGGGGUCCUGGAAGAUACCGAAAAGACGCACGUGUUUGCAUUUGUCUCCACGAAGCACCCCGGCAUCUCCUUCAAAGGAGACUGGGACGUUAUCGGACAGCGGCUGACGGAAUCCGGCGGCUGCUUGAUCCGUGACGUUCAUGUUUCUUGGGAACACAUCGCAGGGUGGGAUAACAAGAAUCUAACGCCUCGCGACACCUAUCACGACUUCAUCCUUCCUCCCGUCCAGCUCCAAUUUGCGGCCGUUCAUCUCGGCGUGGGCAUCGGGGCGCUUGAGGCGGCCGCCGAGUACACUCGCACCAAGACUCGGGCCUGGCCCUAUGGCGGCGACGACAAGUCCAAGGCCACGGAUGAGUGGUACAUCAGGGAAGGCUAUGGCCACCUCCAGGCGAAGCUAUGGGCGGCUGAGGCCUUGAUUGACCGCACGGCGGAGCGAGUAUCAAUAGCUAUCCACGCCCCGCGAGCGGAGCUCACUCCACAAACGCGUGGUGAAAUCGCCGUUCAGGUUGCCGCUUCCAAAGCAACGGCUAUCGAGACCACUCUCCACGUGAGCACUAAGAUCUUCGAGUUGGCCGGCGCUCGUUCCAGCCUGGGCAAGUAUGGCUUUGAUCGGUAUUUCAGGAAUACCAGAGUCCACUCCCUCCAUGACCCUGUUGCCUACAAGUUCCGAGAAGUCGGUAGCUGGGCACUGUUGCGGGAAGUUCCAGAGCCUAGCUGGCAAGCGAAGGACUACAAUUUCGGCAUCAGCUCUUUGCCUUGGGUAUCUGGCCGUGAUGUCGCAGGUGUCAUUGAACAAGUUGGCGACUCUGUUACCAAUCUGGCACCUGGAGAUGCCGUCUUCACCCUGACGGAUUAUACCAACGCCCGCUGUGGCGCAUUCCAAGAUUACUGCAUCGCCCACCAUGCAUCUGUUGCACUCAUACCGCCAAGCUUGACCUUUGAGGAGGCUGCUUCAAUUCCGGUUGGCGCAAUCACUGCCGGCGUCGCCUUGAAGCGGUAUAUGGGCAUAAGUGCCCAGAACCACGACGCCUCCCAGAAAGCUUCGAAGGAUUGGGUGCUAGUCUGGGGAGGAGCAACUUGUACAGGAUACUAUGCAGUGCAGUUGGCGAGUCUAUAUGGUUACAAAGUCAUUUCUGUGGCCGGUAAAGACAAUAUAGAUUAUGUGCGGGAAGCAGGUGCCAAUGUGGUGCUGGAUCGAGAGAUGAACGAUACAGAGUUAGUCGAUGCAAUCCAGCAAGCAACAUCGGGGCAACUGAGCUACGCUUUCGACGCAGUCGGUCCUGUGACGGCCGGACUCUGUUUGCAGGCGAUGAAUACAGGCAAGUCUGACGAGAAGAAAACCUUGGUGGCGUUGGCUGGGAUCCCGAAGCAUGCAAAGACUGCUGGGCAGCCAGUCGAAUUAUCCAACGGCGUUUUCGUCAAUAUUCCCGAGAUAAAAGUAAAAGUCUUUCACAAUGAUCCGGAAUUCGGGCAGGAACUUCUUCGAGAGCUCACUACAUAUCUGAUGAAUGGGCAGCUCAAGGUUCCUCGCAUCAGGAUCAUGGAUGGAGGUCUAGAGGACGUUAACAAAGGUCUUUCAUUGAUGAAAACAGGUCAGAUAUCUGGCUCUAAGCUAGUCAUUCGUGUUGACAAGACGGCCGAUGCCCAGGGAGAUUUGCAUUAUCAUGGAUGGUUGUAG